AUGGAAUUGAAUCGGGUUACUCAUGAUCAGGAAGAGAUACCAAGAGGAACGCCCUCUGAUAUUGAGCUAGUCCCAUCGUCGAGCGAGGACAGUGUUCGGCUUACCGUGUACAAUGACGAUGACGAAGACGACAAUGAAAUUCGAUUUGAUACCCCCUUCCUUGCGUCAUCGUUAGCUUGGCAGAGUGUACCAUCUCAUAAUGCAGCUGAUGCACCACUGCCACUAUCGCGUGCAGAGAUGAAGCGUCUCAUUCUUCGCACCAUGACAACUACAUCCCUGAUUCUUAUGGCCAGCAUGGCCCUGUUAGCGCUCAUACUGUACCUGGCCCUUCCAACUUUUAGCGAAGAAGAACAGGCAGCUUUACGCAUCCCACGAUCUCUGGAACAGCUCAAAUCCCUGCUCCAAAUUUUUGGCAAGUACAGUCAAGACCAUUAUUACCGCGUUAUGCUGGCAUGGAUAUCCGUUUUCCUAUUUAUUCAAACGUUUUCUAUCCCAGGGGCUAUGUAUCUAGCCAUGCUAGCAGGCGCAUUGUGGGGAACGCCUGUGGCUCUGCCUCUUGUAUGUAUAGGUAUUGCUACGGGGGCCUCGUCGUGCUAUCUGUUAAGCAAGCAUGUGGGUGGGAUUGUACGCGUGCUUCCGCGAUGGCAGCAUCGUAUCGACUCAUGGAAAAGCACCAUUCAACAGUACCAAAAUGAUUUGUUUUCAAACGAGGACCAUGAUGAUGAAGAACAGCCAGGUGACAACUCAGUGAUAGAAUGGCAGCAUGCCCUGGAAGACCGCGAGAUGCAGCCUGCAUCAGCACUGCGGUUCACAGACGAUGAUAUUGAGGCUCUUGAGGACUAUGAAGAAGAUGGUUUGUAUAGGCCUACACCAUCUGCUCGCCGUGAAGAUAUCCUUGCCUAUGCAAACAAGACAUCCCAUUUUGCUGAAGAAACAUAA